UUCAUCGAAAUGUUAUCGAGACUAGCAUUAAUAUUGGGUGUCUCGGUGGCCCUAGCUGGUGCUGCUAUCGAGCUCAAUCCCAGCAGACCGCUUCUGUUUGGAACCCACCGACUCAUUCCACGUGCACCCGCUAAGCUGGAAGACAACGAAACCGGGCAUGGGGCCGUAUGGAAUCAAUUGCAGGUGCGCCAAAGUCAAACCAACCCUCAGAAUCGGAACUCUUUCCCAAUUCGGUACGUAUCGAACGACCAGCACUAUAGACGUGGCGGACCGCUGUUCCUGUUCAUUGGAGGACCCUGGGAACUGCAGGAACAUCUAGUGGAGCAGGGGCACUUCUUUGAUAUUGCUAAGAAUAUGAGCGCGUAUUUGGUCGCCAAUGAGCUACGCUACUACGGAGAAAGCAUACCGGCUGAAAAUGCUACACGACUGAAUCUACGCUAUCUAGCUCUUGCUCAUAUUUUACCGGACAUUGCGAAUCUGAUUACCCAUCUUAUGUAUGAAGUUCUGCGUGAUCCUGGUGCAACAGUUAUUCUGGCCGGUGUUGGUUUCUCCGCUUCGAUUGCGCAGUGGACUCGUCAACGUUAUCAACAUCUGGUACAAGGUGUGUGGUCAUCGAGCGGUAUGGUAAAGGCGAGUACCAAUUUUGUAGAAUUUACUGAAGUAGUCGGGGAAAACAUUCGUCGUUUUGGAAGUGACGAAUGCUACAAUGCUAUUUGGCAAGGAUUUCGAGUUGCCGAAAAUCUCAUAGAUGCAGGGUUAUCGACUACCUUGGACAACCUCUUCGACGUUUGCAAUCCGAUCAAGAGCGACGAUCCAGUCGAUGUGGAAGCUUUUCUUAAUGGAAUAUUUAACGAAAUAUCUUUACAAGCAGUGGAUAUCGAUCUCCGUGAAAACAUUGAUCGAAUGUGUCAGAUAUUGACAGACCCCGAAAAAAACAAUUCUCUCACUGCUUUGUCCAACUGGUUAACUGGACUGUUUCCGGAUGCUGAGUGUCUCGUGAUGGAUUUCGAAAGUAUCACUGAAGCAUACCAAGUUACUGACUGGCAGGAUGAAAUGCUUCGUAAUGGAGAACGCCAAUGGCUGUAUCAUCGGUGCACUGCCUUAGGGUGGCCGCUAACUAGUAGUUCACCAUACCAACCUUUCGGACGACGCAUCAGUCCCGAUCUGUUCAUGCAGAUCUGUGAGCGUGUCUUCAAUGACUGGCUUACGCCUGAUGUGUUUAGAGCUUUGGUACGAGAUACUAACAUUUUCUGGGGCGGAGGUCGUCCAGAUGUUCAACGCGUUUAUCACACACACGGUUCACUGGAUCCAUGGCGCUACGCCGGUGUAUAUUUUGCAUAUGGUAACUCGUAUUCUAGAGUUAUUUGGAACGCUACUCACGGUGAAGAUUUAGCGUCGAUUUCGGAAGAUGAUUCGUACGCUCUCAGACUUGCCAAGGAACGUGUCGCACAGGAAAUUCGCCGUUGGGUGUAUCAGAGCUCUGGCCCGCCACUUCCACCACCACCACCACCACCACCAUCAUCACCAGCAGGUCUGGGUCUACUGUAAAAGUUUGAUAGGAAAUGUUUUAUUCAAAAGAAAUUUUUGAACAUGAUUUUUGUAAACCAUGCUUAUAAUGGAAAUCUAUCCAA